AUGGAGUCUCUAGACAUCAUGGGUGAGGAGGGGAUGGAGCCAGAGGGAUCGGCCACCACAGCGAUUUAUGAAAACAGCACCUUAGUUGGUGUCACAAAUGUCACCAACAUCACCUUCUCGCCCUACUAUCAGCACUCUGUGUUUGUGGCUGCCACCUACAUUCUGGUCUACUCCUUCAUCUUCCUGCUGUGCAUGGCGGGCAACAUCCUGGUGUGUGUAAUCGUACUGGAAAGCCAUCGUAUGCGUUCAGUCACCAACCUCUUCAUCCUUAACCUGGCCAUCAGUGACCUUCUGGUGGGCAUCUUCUGCAUCCCUACAACAUUGGUGGACAACCUGAUCACAGGUUGGCCUUUUUCCAACACCAUGUGCAAGAUGAGCGGCUUUGUGCAGGGAGUUUCGGUUUCUGCAUCAGUCUUCACCCUGGUGGCAAUCGCUGCAGAAAGGUUUCGCUGCAUCGUGUUCCCGCUACAACCUAAGCCGACUGUACUCGUCGCCAAGGCCACCAUCACGUUGAUCUGGGUGCUGGCGAUGGUGGUCAUGUGUCCUGCUGCUGUGGCGCUAACUGUGGAGAAAGUUCCUUCCCAUUACAUGAUUUACAAUGAUGACUUGAACAACACGCUCCCUCUGUACACCUGCUACGAAGACUUCUCCAAACCUCAGAUGAGAAAAGCCUACACUGCGGUUCUGUUUGCUGUCAUCUACAUGGUGCCCCUCACCGCCAUCACUCUGAUGUACGGAAGCAUCGGGGUCAAACUGUACUCCUCUGUGGUUGCAAACAGAGAGCCACAGCUGGCCAACGCACCUGACCAGGUAGGAGGUAGAAGAGGAGGGCAGCAGUUGAUAUCCAAGAAGAAGAUCAGGGUGAUAAAGAUGCUCGUUUUGGUGACUUUGCUCUUCAUGCUCUCUUGGUUACCACUCUGGACCCUCAUGAUGAUGGCAGACUACGCCCGUUUGACCAGGGACCAGCUGGACCUUGUGACCGGCUACAUUUUUCCUUUUGCUCACUGGCUGGCUUUCGCCAACUCCAGCGUCAACCCUAUCAUCUACGGCUACUACAACGAGAACUUUAAGAGAGGCUUCCAGGCUGUAUGCAAGUCUCGACCUUUCUGUACCUUCCUGCAGAGCCGGCUGUGGAGAAGAAUGGCUGGGUGGGGCAAGAGUACCCAGUCUGGGCAAGCACCUUGCAGAGCCAAUGACUUUAGAGACGGCGGUGGCAAUCACAACCAUCUUGCCCUAGGGGGGAGAAAUCGAGUCCACAAUGACCACAAUUUGAGUGACAGUGGAGGAGGGAAUAAGAGUGGCAGGGUGGGGUGUGUGGUGGUUCAUUCAGAAAGAAGUGUUUCAGAUCAAGGUUUUGAAAUGAUAGAAAUCCAUAAAAGAAUCAGUAAUGGAGAAGAGUCGGACAGGGUGGGUUCAAGAGGGGUUUAUCAGGCAUGGGAAAACUGA